UGCCGGGCAGAGGCAGCGUCGCCGAGCCCCUGGGAUCCCGAAGGAAGGCGGGAGCGACGAGGGACCCCGGCGUCAGGCCUUAACCACCACCUGCGCCAUGGACCCAGAUGGCCUCCUGCUCCUCUCCUUCUGGACACUGUGGGCUUUGUGCUUUGGCCCAGGGUGGGUAUGUUGUCCUGCCCCCACCCAGCCACACUCCAUCAAGAUCGAGGGGGACAUCACUCUAGGAGGGCUGUUCCCUGUCCAUGCUCGUGGCCCUGCCGGAGUGCCCUGUGGGGAAGUGAAGAAGGAGAAGGGGAUCCACCGGAUGGAGGCCAUGCUGUACGCUCUGGAUCAGAUCAACAGUGAUCCGUACUUGCUCCCAAACAUGACUCUUGGGGCCCGCAUCCUGGACACCUGCUCGCGCGACACUUAUGCCUUGGAGCAGUCGCUCACAUUUGUCCAGGCGCUGAUCCAAAAGGACACAUCUGAUGUGCGCUGCUCCAACGGAGAGCCCCCCAUCAUCGCCAAGCCCGAGAGGGUCGUGGCUGUCAUUGGGGCCUCGGCCAGCUCUGUCUCCAUCAUGGUGGCCAAUGUGCUUCGCCUCUUUGCUAUCCCCCAGAUCAGCUAUGCCUCCACGGCACCCGAGCUCAGCGACAGCAACCGCUACGAUUACUUCUCCCGUGUGGUGCCUCCUGACUCUUACCAGGCCCAGACCAUGGUGGACAUUGUAAAAGCCCUAGGCUGGAACUAUGUCUCCACGCUGGCCUCUGAGGGCAACUAUGGUGAAAGCGGUGUUGAUGCCUUUGUCCAGAUCUCCCGUGAGGCUGGUGGAGUAUGUAUUGCCCAGUCCAUCAAGAUCCCACGAGAACCUAAACCGGGAGAGUUUGACAAACUGAUCAAGAGGCUGAUGGAGACCCCCAAUGCCCGGGGCAUCAUCAUCUUCGCCAAUGAGGAUGACAUCAAGCGAGUGUUGGAAGCUGCACGCAUUGCCAAUCUGACGGGGCAGUUCUUAUGGGUUGGUUCUGACAGCUGGGGCUCCAAGAUCACGCCGAUUCUGAGGAAUGAGGAGGUGGCUGAAGGAGCUGUUACAAUUUUACCCAAACGAGCCUCCAUUGAAGGUUUCGACCAAUAUUUCACCACACGCUCCUUGGAGAACAAUCGGCGCAACCUUUGGUUUGCUGAGUACUGGGAAGAAGACUUCAAAUGUAAACUGACCCGUCCCGGGAUGCAGCCUGAAGAGGGGAUACGGAAAUGCACCGGAGAGGAGCGGAUUGGGCGAGAUUCAACCUAUGAACAGGAAGGAAAGGUGCAGUUUGUCAUCGAUGCCGUCUAUGCCAUGGCCCAUGCCUUGCACAACAUGCACAUGGACCUCUGUCCAGGCCACACUGGAGUGUGUGACAAGAUGGACCCCAUUCAUGGACGUACCCUGCUGAACUACAUCCUUGCCGUCAAUUUCAACGGCAGUGCUGGAACCCCCGUGAUGUUCAAUGAGAAUGGGGAUGCACCCGGCCGCUAUGACAUUUUCCAGUAUCAGCUGACAAACACCUCAGCACCAGGGUAUAGGGCCAUUGGGCAGUGGACAGAAUACCUGCGCCUCAACAUUGAGGACAUGCAGUGGUCCGGUGGCCAGAAGGAGAUCCCCACAUCCGUCUGCAGCCUCCCCUGCAAUUCGGGCGAGAGGAAGAAAAUGGUGAAGGGGGUGCCUUGCUGCUGGCACUGUGAGCUGUGCGAUGGCUACCAGUUCCAACUAGAUGAGUUCAACUGUGAAAUGUGCCCCUUUGACAUGCGGCCCAACCCCAACCGCACAGCCUGCCGGCCCACACCCAUCGUCAAGCUUGAGUGGAGCUCCCCCUGGGCGGUGCUUCCCAUCUUCUUGGCCAUCAUGGGCAUUCUUGGCACCACCUUCAUUGUCAUCACCUUCAUCCGAUUCAACGACACGCCCAUUGUCCGCGCGUCUGGCCGCGAGCUGAGCUAUGUCCUACUCACCGGGAUCUUCCUCAUCUACUCCAUCACAUUCUUGAUGAUCGCUGAGCCUGGCGUUGGCGUCUGUGCGCUCCGGCGUCUCUUCUUGGGCUUGGGCAUGGCCAUCAGCUAUUCUGCCUUGUUAACCAAGACCAAUCGCAUCUACCGCAUCUUCGAGCAAGGCAAGAAGUCUGUGACUCCACCCAAAUUCAUCAGCCCCACCUCACAAUUGGUCAUCACCUUCAGCCUCAUCUCAGUGCAGAUUGUGGCCGUAAUCAUCUGGCUGGGGGUCCAGCCCCCGCACAGCAUCAUUGACUUUGAAGAGCAGCGCACGCCCAACCCUGAGUUUGCUCAGGGAGUGUUGAAGUGCGACAUGUCUGACCUGUCCAUCAUCUCUUGUCUCAGCUACAGCAUCAUCUUGAUGGUCACUUGCACGGUCUAUGCCAUCAAGGCCCGAGGCGUCCCCGAGAACUUCAAUGAGGCCAAGCCCAUUGGUUUCACCAUGUACACCACCUGCAUCGUCUGGCUGGCCUUUGUGCCCAUCUUCUUUGGCACAUCACAGUCAGCAGAGAAGAUCUACAUUCAGACAACAACACUGACCGUCUCCAUGAGUCUGAGCGCUUCCGUUUCCCUUGGGAUGCUCUACGUGCCCAAGGUCUACGUCAUCAUCUUCCAUCCAGAGCAGAACGUGCAGAAACGCAAGCGUAGCUUCAAGGCAGCAGCCACAGCCGUCAAUGCGUCCACGAGGCUCUCGCAGAAGGGCGCCCAGAAUGGCGAGAGCAAGGAUGAGAAGCCGGACAGCGUCCCUAAGGUGAUGUACAUCAGCUACACAGAACUGACAAUGGUGCCCACAUAACUGGAGAGGAAGCUAGCACAACUCUUUAGGGAUGGGCGGGUAUGAGGAGCUUUUUGGAAGGGUGAAGCCCAUACCAAGGGGCUAAG